AUGGCUGGUCCACUUUUCCUUGGAUUUGACUUGAGUACGCAACAACUAAAGGCGUUAGCUAUUGACAGUGAUCUAAAUGUUGCGACGGAAGCUUCCGUCCAGUUCGAUAAUGACCUUCCAGAGUUCAAAACGCAAGGCGGAGUUCAUAAACAAGAGGAUAGCCUUACUGUUACCGCCCCGACGUUGCUGUGGGUGAAGGCGUUAGAUCUUGUCCUGCAAAGACUGAAAGAAAAAGGCCUAGAAUUUAGAUCUGUAGCAUGUGUUUCAGGGACAGGCCAACAACAUGGAAGUGUUUAUUGGAAGAAAGGAGCGAAAGAAAUAUUGAGAACUUUGAAAAGUGGAAAAUCCUUGUAUGAGCAGCUUAAGGUAGGGCAUUUCUCCCCUUCCUGGGGGUCCUGUAUAAAGAUUUGUGUAAUACCCCCCUGUGGGGUGGGGUACUCCCACAUGUGUGGUUUUUGCACUGUUUUGGUCUUAAAACGGGUAUAGACUUUGCCCAUUUUGGUCUGGAAUCAGGUAUGGUUUUCGAGGGAACUACGGGAGUGCAAUGAACGUAUUUACCUUGAAAACAUUUAGGCGAUGGGUUCCCAAGAAUUUUCAUGAAACAAAAAAUUGUUACCGAUUGUUUCCCAUGAUCUCUGGGCAUGGAACCGAAAAAAGUUUUCCAUGGGAUUUAAAAUCCUAGGGCUUGCGGCUGUUGGUUGUAAUUGGUUGAUUUCGAUCUAUGUUGUUUAUUUCAAUUAUGAUUGACAACUAACUUUCUCGCAAUGUAUUAGUAUUUCCCGUAAUCUGAUUGGCCAACUGUGUCUAGUUGGCCCUGGUUAUAGUAGUCGCACUGUAAUUUCUUGAAAAUGGAAAACUGUAGAUUUCAUACAUGUACAUGUAUGUUAGUUUGUUGUUAGUUGUAAUCAAGCCAGGAUUAGGAAAAUGCAUAAUGCACUAUAUGCAACAUUAUUAUAGUUUACAUUUUACUUACUAUCUUUUUUUCUCAUUGACUAAGAGUCUACAGUUAAAUUUGGAAAACAGCAUAACCUUAAAAUUAGUUAUCUGCGAGCAGAUAACUGACUAAUCAUUAGGUUAGCCUGUGCAGUGCAUGAUUUCCAAGACCAACGUCAAAUUGUGUUCUGUGUGAUGAUUCGUUUUCCGUUUUUGUAAUAAUAAUCCAAAACAAUCAAGGUACCCUGCUGGCAUGGGUACCGGAGGGUUUUUUCGGUGAUCACUAUAUAGACUUGACCAAAACUGGAAACUAUCACCAAUGAUAGGAUGGCUGUAUGGAGAGGAGAAGUUGUUACAUCACAUUGCCAUGGUAGCAAAAUAUCUGGAUUUCAACAAACCCUGGUCCUGCAAAUAAUAUGGCAGAAAUAAACAAAAAAAUGACUUUCCUGUGCAUGAUUCCACUCAGGAACAAAAUGGUAGCCCAUACUUUUCUCUCAUUGCUGGACAAAGCAAAUGCUGUGUCUGUCAAGAAAGACUGUUGAGAUCCGGAAAUUUUACUACCAUGGUAACAUGAUGUCACACUUCUCAUCUCUCUUAUUGGUAGGAAGUUUGCCUUUUGAGUGGCUUAUUAAUUUUAAGGAAGAUUGGUAUAUCAAUUUUUAGAGUUUAUUCUCACUUCCCGAGUUAGUACAGUCCACUCCCUAAGAUGGACACCUUUAGACCAGAACUAUGCGUCCAUCUUAAGGAAAUGUCCAUCUUAUUGAGAGGCAGGGACCAACUCUGGGUGUCUGUCUUAUAGAGGUGUCUGGUAAAAGAGAGUUGACUGUAUGAUGCUUCUAAUAAAACUGCAACUUGACUGUCAUUAAAUUUGAAAUAGGAUUCUUUUGCUGUCAGUGAAUCACCAAUUUGGAUGGAUUCAAGUACAGGGACACAGUGCCGAGCCCUAGAGGCUGCAGUAGGUGGGCCACAGAACCUGAGCAAUAUAACAGGAUCCAGGGCUUAUGAACGUUUCACAGGAAAUCAAAUUGCAAAAAUAUACCAGACAAAUUGUGAUGUAUAUAAUACUUGUGAAAGAAUAUCCUUGGUUAGCAGCUUUGUAGCAAGUCUUUUGAUUGGUGACUAUGCACCUAUAGACUACAGUGAUGGAUCUGGUAUGAACCUAAUGAAU